CCACCAUGCCACUCGCAUGAAUGUCUGCUAUCAAGUGGCAUGAAGAGGCAGGCUAAGCUGUUUCUUGUUCGCCAUGGCGAAACCGUAGACAAUGUGGCACAAGUCUAUGCUGGCAGCAGAGACUCCGCACUUACCAACCACGGUUAUCAACAAGCUACUCGUCUAGGACAGCAUUUCAAAGUCUUAGAUCUGUCCUUCACGCACAUAUUCUCCUCCCAUCUCCAACGAGCGGUGAAGACGGCAGGAUUGAUUCGAGAGGCACAAAGUGUACCGGCGAGCGAACAUGGCCCGGCAAGAGCAAGUCCUACAGUCAUCGAACUGCCUGUACUGAUGGAGAAAGACUUUGGUGCCUAUGAAGGUAAAAAGUUCCAUGAGCUGCGCGCCGAUCAGAGCGCGCCAGAGAACAGCGGGGACAACAAAGGGGUCGAGUCUCGUACGUCCAUGUCUGGUCGUGCCGACAAGUUUCUUGAUGAACACCUUUUGCCUUUGUUCGAUGGCGCAGCUUCGGAGCCAGAUCUAUGCAUUGCGAUUGUCUCGCACGGGAUGCUUCUCUCUGUGUUGUGGAAGCGUCUUCUGUUGAGGCUCCCACCAAACAGUGUUACAUUGGCUCCUGAGCUCGCCGCUCACGCUCGCAACUCUCUAGAACAUCUGGGAGGUUGGUCGAAUACAGGUUUCUUGGAGUUGCACAUGUCCAUGGAGCACGUAACACAGCCACAUCCCGAGCCAGAACCGCAACCGAAGCCUAUCUCAAGCCCCUCAGCCAACGAUAGUGACCAAUCACCGAAAACCGAGACUAACUCCCCCCAAAUUUUGAACCAUGAUAGUGCUGUUCGUGAAUCGGAGGUUGCUCAGACGACAGAUGCUUCUAUCUCUGCACCCACUGGUGGACAGAGCAGCUGUAAGAAAUUUGACUCCACAUGGACAACUGUCAUCUUGACGGUAAAUGGAAAAGACCAUCUGAAAGGUCUGAAGCGCACUGGAGGUGGGGUUGGAAGCUCCCGUCACGAUGACUCACAGAAGAGCAUUGAAAGCUUUUUCAAGCGCCGCAAGCUUGAGUGA